AUGGUUGCACCAGCUUUAAUUUAUUCCAAUCAUGAACUUUCUACGGCAAUUGAUUCAACUCAUGCUUUUGAAGGUCCAGAAAAAUUACUUGAAAUCUGGUUCUAUGAAUCCAAAGAAUUAUCACCAAUCAAUUUAAGAGAUAUUAAAUUUGAUACUUGGAUCGAAAUUUUGAAUUUAGUUCAUUGUGAAGUCCUUUCUAAAGUUUCUUCAAAUUUAUGUGAUGCAUUUUUAUUAAGUGAAUCAUCAUUAUUUGUUUUCCCUCAUAAAAUCAUUUUGAAAACUUGUGGUACUACUACUACGUUAGCUUGUUUAGAUUUAUUAUUUGAAACUGUGAACAAAGAAUUAUUACAAAACGAGGGGUUGAAGGCAACUUUCCAAAGUAAAAAUAUUUAUCAAAUUUUUUAUUCUCGUCGUUCAUUCAUGUUCCCAGAUCGUCAAAUCCAUGUUCAUGGGAAUUGGCAAGAAGAAGUCAAAUUAUUGAAUCAAUAUUUCAAUAAUGGUAAAAGUUAUAUUGUGGGUAAUAAUACCAAUUGGCAUCUUUACGUUGGAGGUAAUGGUAAGACUAAGAACCCCGUUGCCUCUACAACAACAACAACAACUCCAGUGGUCAAUGAUUGUACUUUAGAAAUCAUUAUGACUCAAUUAUCUUUAGAAGCUAGUCAACAAUUUUAUACUACUAGAAAGCCUGGUGAUACUGCCAUUGAUUCAAAUCACGAUUUAGGUCAUGAUUUGGGCCAAGAAAUACUUAAACAAACUGGAUUAAAUGAAUUAUUCAAAUUCAAAAAGCAACCAACUAUGCCCGGUUUAAGUUCAUCUCCAAUUAAAGAAAUUCACGAUGGAUUUGCUUUCACUCCAUGUGGAUUUUCUAGUAAUUCAAUUAAUGAAUCAGAUUAUUAUACGAUUCAUGUUACCCCAGAACCAGGUUGGAGUUAUGCAUCAUUUGAAACUAAUAUGAUUGGUGAUUAUAAGGCUAUUGUUGAUAAAUGUAUUAAUGUUUUCCAACCUGGUCAAUUCAUGGUGACUUUUUUAACUAAUACUGAUAUGGAAAAAUUUGAAUGUUGUUUAGAUGAUUAUAAAGUUAAUCAUCGUGAAGAAUUAGAUGUUGAAGAUUAUAAAUUGUAUUUUGUUGAAUUUGUUCGUCAAUAA